CUAACAAAGGAGCCAAAAUUAAAUUCCUAAACUUGGAAAGCAGCCAGCUUUUCUUUUUUAAAAACAGUUUCCAAAAGAUUCAUUUUGGACCAAAUUCCCAAUCCCUCUGUUUAAGCGGCAGUAAGCCGGCUGUAAUGAGUUAAUCUGCAACAGAGGGAUGAUUUCCUUGUGUGACUAAGACAGUAAGUAGACAGAAGGAGGACUAAUUAAAGUUGUAACAUCUGCCUUCUGAGCUCUAAGUGUGUCUACAGGCUACAAGCAUCUUUCGCUCCACUUCCUCCGCUCUAAUUUCAGGCGAGGAAGGGUAAAUAAGGUAUCCGCCUGCUCCCAAACAAUGUAACUAAUCUUCUGCAAGUGGCAUCAUCAUGAUUACCAUAACCAAUGAGUAUACUGUAACCGGGUGCUCUCAAAUAUUCAUAGCAUCUCCCAGCUUAACUUCCACAGCUGCUGGUGAAGCAGGAGAGGAGGAGAAACUGAGGAGGGUGGGAGGUCUGGAGCGGAGCACGUAACCUGCUUACAAAUUAACACCACAACCAAAGUCGGACAGCGUGAGUGAGUUUCUCCUCGUCCUCUUCUCCUCUCCUCUUCUCUUCUCUCUCAUGAGCCAUCUUCUCGGGCUGCGGCUCUCCACUUUCCACGAUGCCGCGUCGCCGCCGCUGCUGCUGCUGAUGCUGCUCCACUUCUGACCGACUUCCCCCGGCUGCUCCGCACAGCCGGAGCCCGCCCGAGCAGCAGCAGCGAGCCCCUGCACGGCUCUCUGAUCCCCGCUGCUGGGCGAAAAGAUAAACCGACAACGGCACUGCGGGAGGUGACAGAUCCAGAUUCACAUCGAGCCUCUGCAAUAACCGCGGAGACAUCGGCCAUGCCAGAUCUGCACAGGGGGGGAAAUCUUGAUAAGUAUGAGCCGGGUAUUUUUUUUUUUGUUCCGACAAACUCGGGGUCUGCUUGGUGUGGCAGUGGCGAUGACUUUCCCCUGAAACAGCCUCGAGAUGAGCCUUCUCCUGCAGCCUGACUCUAUACAAACACCCGGACUGUGAGAGGAGGACUUUAUCACCGAGCGCGGCUCAUCAACGACAAUAAAAGAGACUUUAUUGGUCACCGACUGCGCCUCUACUUGGAGGAGGAAAAAACACACAUUACGCGCUGCAAAUCAAGCCAGAAAGGAUCGAGCCCAAGUGCAAGACGAAUGGUUUGGGCAUGGUGCCCACGCCCCAGGUGUGCGUAUCAACCCUGGUCACAGUGAGCACGAUGGCAGUGGUCGACCUCUACCUGCUGGAGCAGAGCAUGCUGGGGGCUCGUGGGCUUCCAGGACCUGGCGUGUGGCAGUGUGCGGCAGUGUUGCUAGGUGAUGUGGGAUUCUUGCUCGCUCUGCGCUUCGUGUCAGCCGGCGUGGUGUCAGAGGCACGGUCGCCACGUCGUGGUUUUGCCAACGCCCUCUGGUUCCUCUUCCUGUCCCUGCUCCAGCUCAAGCUCUUCUUCGUCUGCCACAACUACAGGCAGGAGCGUCGGCCGCCCGACCCACUGGCCAGGAAGACGCUGACGCUGCUGCUGUCCAUCUGCCUGCCCUCCCUCUUUCUUAUCCUGACGGGAGCUGACCACAUGACUCCGCAGCGCAGGAAGCAGGAGGUGCGGGGCCGGCUCCUGUGGGUGGUGGUGGACCUGCUGGAUGUGCUGGACCUGCAGGCGGGGCUGUGGGAAGCCCAAGGUGGGGCUGCAGCAGGGACUGGAGGAGUCGUUGAGCAGAGGUUGCCCAUCUGGGCCGAGGGCCUGGUCUUCUUUUACUGCUACGCCCUCCUGCUGCUGCUGCCAUGUGUGGCUCUCACAGAGCUGGGGGCCACCGGCCUGCCUGGACAGAGGGGGCCCCGUAAGGAGGCUUUGUACCCAUGGCUCAGCUUGGUCACGAUCAACAUCUUCACCUUGGCCCUGAGGGGCACAGGUAUGCUGUGGUACAGGGACCCCCGUGUGUCCACCGUGUUCCUGGGGAAGAACCUGCUGGCUCUGGUUGUGAAGCUGAGCUCAGCCUGGGAGAAACACAAGCAGGAGCGUGGUGCUGCAGGAGCUGGUACUGUGGCUGGAGCAGAACCAGGAGACUCAACCCUGCCAAGUCAGAGCUCAGAGCAGGGAGAGGGCCAGGCCCAGGGGAAAGCUCCUCCUUCCCAUUAUCACUCACUGUCCCGCUCCCAAAGCCACACUCUGUCCCACGUCACCCUGGAGCCCACAGAGACGCCCUUGGGCCCCUCUUUCAUCUCCCAUGAACUCUAGAGAGUCACUCUGAACAGGCACGCAUGCACAAAAGCAUGUGAUCACACCCACACUUUAAAACUCGGACCAGUGGAGCCUGUAUCACAUCCAAACAGAUAACUUGUAUUGAAUUUCAGUACAACAGUGAUGGCUCUAAUGCAGAGCUGUGGAAAUGCAUUUGGCAAGCUUUGCUUUCUGCACAUUUUGUUGUGCUAAGAAUAACUCAAAAUGUAUUGCUGUGAUUUGUGGGAGUGUAUUUUUUAAAUUGAACACUGUGAACACAUCUAUCAGCCUGUAAAGAGUAUUCCAGAAGUGUAUGUAUGAAGUCUAGUAAUGUUUAUUCCCUCCUUUAAUCCGCGCACAGCUUCUCAAACUGCCACAGAUUUGUCUUAAGUUGUUGCAUUGAGACACCUUUUUAAUUCUGAUUUCUUGCUACUCCAUAUACAGUAUCUCAUCUGCGGUUUACUUGUUUGUUGAAUUUAAAGGUUCAGUAUGUAUGAUUUAAGGGGAUAUAUUGGCAGAAACGGAAUAUAAUAAGUAUG